CUUUUUAAAAGUUUACGCUUACAAUUGGCAUUUCGAAGCAAUUCAAAAUGAUUAAGAUCAUCAGUUUACUGGCAAUCAUCGCAUUUGCCACAGGUAGCGAGAUGCCAAUGAAAGUCGGUUCACCAUCUACUUCCCUGCCACUUCCAAAGCUUAUGCGCACGAUAAGAAAUGCCCCCGAAGUGCCAGUAAUGGAAACACAAGUUGACGAUCAAAUCGUGACAACUGUCGCUCCGGCGGAGGCAGGUCCCACGGAUGAUAUGGCUAAGGCUGAAACGUUCGGGUUUGGUUUCCACAAACACAUCUACGUUGCACCUCAGUACUACGGAGGGUAUUACGGAGGAUACUAUCCAUACAAUUCGUAUUACCCAAGCUACGGUUAUGGCCAACCGUAUUACUAUUGA